AUGUCUCUGGAGCGGAAAGCACGCGAUGCCGAACUUUGGGCUCAUCGUUUGAUGCAUGAAACAGAACGUCAUGGUUACGAUCCGUACUUAUGUCGUGCACAUUUAUAUGACUCGGAACCAAGUUGGCCGCAGGGUUGGUUAUCAGCAUACGCUGUGCCUGUUCCCCAACGUUACAUCAGUCAUCAUCGUUUGAUGUCAUCAUCAAGCAGUGGCGAUGGAGGUUAUGUGCAGUAUCUGGAUGAUGAUCCAAACUUUACAGCCACUGUUACACCGAUAAUUAAAGGACAGCCAUCAUUGUUUAUGAAGAAACAAGCUUUGCUGAAUUGUCCACCACCUGAUCCAUCCAAUAAUCAGAUGAUGCCAAACGAUCUUUUAUCUUUACGAACAGAAAUUGAAAAAUCCAGAGCUGACUACAAUGAGAAAAAAAAAGUCUUCAAGAAAAAAUGACCGAAUUUCGGAAUGAAAUUGAAAGCUUGAAAGUUGUGGAUCGUCAGUCAGAACAUGAUCGAAUCCACGCAACCAAUCUACAAAUGGGUAUUGAUAAAUACUCUACACUUAGAAAGAGCGGCGCUGGAGCAACGAAGACUCGCGUACAAGUGUUCGACGGACUGUAAUUUCAAAUUGUUAAUUUGGUAAUGGGUAAACAGCAAACACUGCAUAACCCACUAUUUGGUCUGCUGCGGGUAUCACUGUUCAUCUGAUUGCCGCCAACUUUUACUUUUUUUUUUGAAUUCAGUUGUAUUUCUUUCGUAGGGGGAUGUUAUCAAUUUUGAUAGUUACAGGUGCCAUAUUUUGUCUGUCUAGUAAGCUGAAAUUCACUGGACUGCUUUAUGAC